GAGCUGUUGCAGUAAAACUGGAAGAAUUCUGUAAACACGCUUCACUAGGUUCUUAGAGGAGGACAUAGGUACGUGCAUCUAUUUUCGAUGCUCUCAUCCGUACACUGCUUACGACGAGCUAUACUACUGAACAGAGAAUGGAUCUCCUUCACGGGUUACCCAAUUACGGUAACUCAAACGAGAUCUUCCAGGAUGAUGCCGGCUUUCAAGAUUUAUAGUUUACGACGUAGAUUAGCAGAAUUCUUAUCGAAUAAGUUUGAUGAAAAGCGGGUAAAUGAGAUUGGUCCAGAUCUAGCCUGUCUUGAAUGGCUGAUGGAAUGUGGUUCAACGGAGGUAUUGAUGAGCGACGAACAGCGAAUAACUUCAAUACAUCAAAUGAAGAAAUACAUCAAGAAAAAGUUAGAGGAGAAGGGCAGCACUGUACCAGUUAGCACAAUAGGAAGCGAAUUGGAGUAUGAGCUGAAAUGGAAGCAUGUCCCUCAUGUACAUAUCGUCAAGGUUGACGCUAGUGAUUCAGCCAUCGCUGACGAAGGUUUCAAAUAUUUCCAUGAUCUCAAGCGGCUGGAAGCGCUGAAGUUGAAUUUUUGCGACUAUUUUGGUGACGAAGCGAUUAGAGAAUUGGCUCUAGGACGCCCAGCAGCAACACUUCGUGAUAUAGAAAUCGUGCUAAAUCCCUCUAUCAGUGAUGGCGCUGUUUAUUGGCUGAGUCGAUUGAAGGCAUUGCAUCGAGCACAUUUCUACUUUCUACCAUACGUUUCUAAUAGGCAUUCCUUUAUUCGGCAGCUGAAAUUGGCAGUGCCCAGGUGCAAAGUUACAUUUCCUGAAGCAGUCCACGUCGGGUACGGUUACGAAGAUGAAACAAAAACAAAGAAGAGUUAGAAACCGAAGUGAUUUUGAGUGGCUACCUCGAUAUGAUUGUCGAUUGUUGUUUUGGAGCUUUAUUUGUAGCCAAUUUAAUCACUGCUCAAUGCUCAACGACAAUUGUUAGGUGUGGUCGAUAGGAUGUGUCGAGCCUGCGCUGCAACCUGUGCAAUUUGAGAUGUUUGGAUGAGUAUCCUGUCGAAAAAAAAAACCCUUUAGGUAGGUAUAGGACCUAGGUUAGAUAUGUGACUCAUAGCACUACUGGAAUAAAUGCCAUCGCUCAUCAUAGUAGUAUUACUGCUGUUGCAUGGGG